GCCGUAUAAGCUUCACGAGGCCCUAUCGGCGUUCCGUAACGAUGGGUAUCCCAACGAACCACAAAGCCAUUAUGCUCGCGACAUUUGUCGCGUUUGGAGGCUUCCUGUUUGGAUAUGACAUUGGUGUCAUAUCAGGUUGCCUGAUCAUGGAAGACUUUGUCGCGCGGUUCGGACAACAGCACGCCGACGGAACCUUCUUUUUAUCAGCUUCAAGGCAAUCUAUCAUAACGUCGCUGCUCUCUGCUGGCACUUUCGUCGGCGCGCUUGCACAGGCUUUGACCUCGGAUCGGUUUGGUCGCCGAGGUUCUAUCCUCAUCUGGUCUGGAAUCUUCACCAUUGGAACUGCCAUUCAGACGGCGACUAUUCACUCCAUCGUUCAAAUCACUAUCGGUCGGUUCAUAGCGGGGUUGGGUGUUGGCGCCUUGUCCGCGAUCGUCCCCCUGUACAAUGGCGAGACGGCGCCGAAGGCCAUGCGUGGGAUGCUUCUCGUACUAUACCAGCUGCAAAUCAUCAUUGGCAUUUUCCUCAGCUACAUUAUCGAUCUCGGAACGCACUUCAUUCACGGUCCUGCAUCUUGGCGUAUACCUGUUGGCCUUCAGUUGGUCUGGGGUGCAAUUCUGCUGUCGGGCAUUUUCUUCCUUCCGGAGUCCCCUCGUCAUCUCCUGGGUACCGGCAGGGAAGCCGAGGCACGCCGCGUCGUUGCAGAGAUGAACAGUCUGCUCGAGGACGACCCUCUUGUCACCGAGACUAUCGAAGAACUCGAGUUCGGUAUCCGUGCUGAGAACGAAGGUGGCAAGGCGACCUGGGCCGAGUGCUUCUCCACCCGCAACGUACUCUGGAAGCGGACACUGAAUGGCAUGAUGCUCCAAUUCAUCCAGCAGCUCAACGGACAGAACUUCUACUACUACUAUGGCGACACGUUCUUCAAGAGCGCUGGAACAAACCUGGACGCAUACUCCAUCCAGGCGAUCCUUGGGGGUGCCUCAGUGGUCGGGACCAUACCCGCUCUGUACCUCAUCGAGGCUUGGGGACGCCGUAACUCUCUGCUCACCGGCUCGGUCUUGGAAGCGAUCUGCUCGCUCAUCGCGGGCCUCGUCGGCCACUUCCUGCUCGCCCCCAACGGCACUCCGACCGAUCAGCUCACAGCGCGGAACAAGACCGGGGGAAACACACUUAUCGCCUUCGCCAUCCUGCACGUGUUCUCCUACUCGAUCUUCUGGGGCCCGACACCGUGGGUGUACUUGGGCGAGAGCUUCCCCCUGCGCGUCCGUCCGAAAGCCAUCGCGCUAGGCAGCGCCACGAACUGGCUCUGGAACUUCCUCCUCAGCUUCUUCGCGCCGCGCAUCGCCAACGACAUCGGACCGCUCAUCCUCCUCAUCUUCUUCGGCAUGCUCGUUUUCGGCUUCGUCUACGUCUACUUCUUCAUACCCGAGACCAAGGGCCUCAGUCUGGAGGAAGUCGACGAGAUGUACCGGUCCGGAGUGAAGCCGUGGAACUCGCCUGGAUGGCGCCCGAGCGAAAAGCAUAUCCACGACAAAGACACGACCACGACGGAGGUCAGGGAGGUGAGGGAGAAGGGCGACGAGGAUGCGUGAGCCUGCUUGUCGCCCAGGAUCCUUUCUUGGUCUGGGGUUGUUUCACUCUCGAUGCCUUUUUACGACUCAAUGUGGCCCUCUGCUUUGGACCGCUACUCAUUUUACGACGCCCGUUCAUGUUGUAUUACUAGUACUCACGCAAACGGAUGGAUUCCC